UCUUCUCCUCGCAUCAAAAUUCACAUGUGCCUCUUUUCUAUAUAGUCAGCUUCGCCCGGACGAAAGAAGCCAUAAACGUCCCAUAUACGUGAAGGCUUUUUCCCUAUUUGACUUGUGGCGGCAGGGGAUCGACAUUACCGUAUUUGAGCGUGUUGUUAGGGCGAGAAUAGGCUCAAGGUAUCAGGAAUCAUGGCGCAGAAUCCAUCCAUUACAAUUGCGAAGCCACGAAAUGACAAGAGGGAAUACAAGAGCUUGCUCCUUCCCAACUCUCUGCAGGUCCUCCUCAUCAGUGACCCCGACACUGAUAAGGCUGCUGCUUCUAUGACUGUCUCCAUCGGAACAUUUAGUGACCCUAGGGGUCUUGAGGGUUUGGCACAUUUUCUUGAACACAUGCUGUUUUAUGCAAGUGAAAAAUACCCCUUGGAGGAUAGUUAUAUGCAAUAUCUUACAGAGCAUGGGGGUCGGUCGAAUGCAUAUACUAGUUCUGAACAUACAAAUUUCCAUUUUGAUGUGAAUGCUGGCUAUUUUGAAGAAGCAUUGGAUAGAUUUGCUCAAUUUUUCAUUAGUCCCUUAAUGUCACAAGAUGCAACAGCUAGAGAGAUCAAUGCUGUUGAUUCAGAAAACAAGAAGAAUAUUCUGGUGGAUGGUUGGCGAUGGAAUCAAUUACAAAAGCAUUUAAGUUCCAGUGAUCAUCCUUUUCACAAAUUCGGUACAGGAAACAAGGAUACCCUGGAUGCAAGGCCUACAGCGAAAGGAGUAGAUAUAAGAGAAGAGCUAAUUAAAUUUUAUGAAAGACAUUAUUCUUCAAAUCUGAUGCACCUUGUUGUCUAUGGUAAAGAAACCAUUGAGGAACUUGAAAAGAUGGUUAAAGUGAAAUUUAGUGAAAUUAAGAAUACUCAACAGAGUCGUCCUUAUUUUACUGGUCAGCCUUGCCAUUCAGAGCACUUACAGAUUCUGGUCAAAACUGUUCCUGUAAAAGAGGGCCAUACAUUGGGUAUUUUAUGGCCUAUCACUCCUGAACUUAAAAAUUAUAAGGAAGCUCCCUCAAGGUACCUUGGCCACCUAAUUGGGCAUGAAGCAGAUGGUUCCUUGUUUUGCCUUCUGAAGAGCUUGGGAUGGGCAACCGGUUUAAGUGCAGGUGAAAUGGAAAGUAGCUUUGAAUAUGCAUUCUUUGGAAUUAUGAUAGAGCUUACAGAUGCUGGGCAAGAACACAUGGAAGAAAUAGUUGAAUAUACAUUUCAGUACCUCAAUAUUCUACGGAAAAUGGGUGUGGCUGACUGGAUAUUUAAUGAGGUACAAGCAAUUUGUGAGACAAAGUUUCAUUAUCAAGAUAAGAUUUCACCAAUCAACUAUGUAACGAACAUCGCUUCAAACAUGGAGUUGUAUCCACUUGAAGAUUGGUUGGUGGCAUCAUCGUUGCCUUCCAAGUUUAAUCCAAUUACAAUUCAAAUGGUUUUGGAUCAGCUUCUUCCGAAUAGGUCCAGAAUAAUCUGGUCUUCAAAACAGUUUGAAGGUUGCACAAAUGAAACUGAACCCUGGUAUGGAACUGCAUUCUCCGUUGAGAAAAUCAAGGAUGAAUUAGUAAAGCAAUGGGAAAACUCAGAACCAGAUACAAGAUUGGGAUUACCUUCACCCAAUAUGUUUAUACCUACUGAUUUGUCUCUCAAACAAGAGGAGGAAAAGGUCAGGCAUCCUAUUUUGCUGCGGAAAUCCAGAUUUUCAAGGCUGUGGUACAAACCAGACACAAUGUUCUUUACUCCGAAGGCUUUCAUCAAGCUGGAUUUUAACUGUCCUGAAUCAAACGGUUCACCAGAAGCAGAGAUUCUAACAGAUAUUUUUACGAAGUUAUUGGUGGAUUAUUUGAAUGAAUAUGCUUAUUAUGCAGAAGUUGCUGGACUUGCUUACAGUAUUGAUCAUACGGGUACAGGGUUUCAGGUGACUGUUACUGGAUACAAUCACAAGAUGAGAAUUUUGCUUGAGAAGAUUUUGGAAAAGAUAGUACACUUUGAAGUCAAGCAGGAAAGGUUUGCUGUGAUCAAGGAAAAGGUCUUGAAGAAUUAUCUGAAUUACAAGUUUCAUCAGCCAUAUCAACAGGCUUUCUAUUAUUGUUCAUUACUAUUAGAGCAUCGCAUGUGGCAAAGGACUGAAUUCCUUGAGAUUAUUCCUCAAAUUGAAGCAGAUGACCUGAUGAAAUUCGCUCCCCGUAUAAUCUCACGAACAUUUAUGGAAUGUUAUGUUGCAGGUAAUAUGACAUCAAUGGAAUCAAAGUCUCUGGUUGAGCAUAUUGAAGACUCUUUGUUCAAUGGUCAUUUGUCUCCAUGCAAGCCACUUUUUCCAUCACAACAUUUGGAAAGGAGAAUUGUCAAACUUGAUUCAGGCACAAAUUUCUACUAUCCUGUUGAGGGACUAAAUGAACAGGAUGAGAAUUCUGCACUGCACCAUUACAUUCAACUUGAACAAGACAAUCUCAAGACGAAUGUUGAACUAGAGCUUUUUGUUCUUAGUGCAAAGCAACCAGCCUUUUAUCAACUUCGAUCAGUUGAGCAACUUGGAUAUAUUGUUGUACUUAUGACGCGAAAUGAUUCUGGAAUUCGAGGAGCUCAAUUCAUUAUUCAAUCCACAGUGAAGGACCCUGCACAGCUGGACAUUAGAGUGGAGGAAUUUCUCAAGGCAUUUGAAAGCAAACUUCAUGCAAUGUCAGAUGACGAGUUUAAGUCAAAUGUGAAUGCAUUAAUUGACUCAAAACUCGAGAAACACAAAAAUUUGCGGGAAGAAUCACGCUUCUAUUGGAGGGAAAUUGAUGAUGGUACCCUGAAGUUUGACAGAAAAGAAGUUGAGGUUGCAGUACUGAGGAAAUUGACAAAGGAAGACUUACUAGAGUUUUUCAAUACCUAUAUUAAACUGGGGGCUCCUGAAAGAAGAAAAUUGAGUUUGCAAGUAUAUGGAAGUUCUCACGUUGCAGAAUAUAAAAUAGCUAAGUAUGCUGAAAAAUCUUCCAAUGGACAUGCUAUUUUUAAUGGCAAAGAAGUUGCCCAGGACACUGUGGAUAGUGAAGCAUUAAAAGAUGAGAAUGUUGAGGUUGUUCCUUCAGAUCAGCUUGCAGAUUUAAAUAAGGAACUGAAGGAAUUUCACUGUGAGAAAAUAGAUGACAUAUACAACUUUAAAAGGUCUCAAGCACUGUUUGGCUCAUUAAGGAGUGGAGUCAAUCAUGUUUAUUCUUAGUUGCAUUUCAACUUUUAACAAUAGCCUAUGUAGACUAUUAACUUCAAUUAUAUGUUCAUUUUGGUCAGUCCUUGGUAAAUCCAGUGUUGAAAAGCAAGGGGUCACCAUGUUUUUCAAGGCAAAAAUGUUCAGGGCAAGGUAUUUAAAUUAUAACAGUUAGUCCCUUUUAUGCCCUUGCUUCCAGGAAAAUAAAUAUUGAUUCUAAUCACAUGUAUAAUGGCUCCUGUCCUUGCCAUUCCUUAGAUUAUAACCAAAGUUGCAUGGAAACAGAUACGGUAUCAGAUACAGAUACAACCCCCAAUAUGGAUACGGCUGGGUGCAUCAUUCAUAAAAAACACAUACACAUAUAUUUAACGCAAUUUUUUAAGUUAUUCGAGGAGAUUUUCAUUA